GCUUAUUUGCAUGUGCGCCCCGCCCGUCACCACCACCAUACCGCUUUAGGAAUGAAUGCAGCCCCAGUUUGCAAUUUUUUUGGACAAAUGACUCGAGUCGACAACUGGAGCAAAUCUGUUGGGUCAAAAGAAUAACACCCACCAACUUUGUGGCGAAAAUUGAGCGCGUUUGAAUGUGAUAGCAUCCCACCACAUUUCAUCUUUUCUUUUCAGUUCUCCCGUCUGUGGCCAAAGGAAAGGACAUCUGCUUUGGUUUGGCACCACAGUGCACUGCUCACCUGCCUUCCACUCUUCAGAGAAUCCGUGCCACAUUUUUACUAAAGAGUUGGUUCCUGCAGAACUUCAGGAAAAUGACGGCCAUCAACGCUCCACGGGACAAGUAUAAUGCAGUGUGGAUAAUUUUUUUCAUCCUUGGCUUGGGAACCCUCCUGCCAUGGAAUUUCUUCAUGACUGCAACCAUGUACUUCACCAGCCGACUGAAGGACCCGGCUGUUGAGGGCUCAGCCAUUCUGACAGCCAACGCCACUGUGGUGGAGGGAGACACGAGGAGCGUCCUAGAGUCCAAGUUCAACAACGUGAUGACCCUGUGUGCCAUGGUGCCCCUGCUCAUCUUUACCUGCCUCAACUCCUUCAUCCACCAGAGGAUUCCUCAGAAUUGGCGUAUCGCCGGCUGCCUGUCUGUGAUCCUGGUGGUGUUUCUGUUGACGGCGGUGCUGGUCAAAGUGGACAUGGGUCCUCUCCCCUUCUUCUCUCUCACCAUCAUCAAAAUCAUCUGCAUCAAUUCGUUUGGGGCAGUGCUGCAAGGUAGUCUGUUUGGCCUGGCUGCAAUGAUGCCGGCCUCCUACACCACACCUAUCAUGAGUGGACAGGGUCUCGCUGGAACCUUCGCUGCCUUCUCCAUGAUCUGUGCCCUGGCCAGUGGCUCAGCCCUGCAGGACAGUGCCUUUGGCUACUUCAUCACUGCGUGCGUGGUCAUCUUCCUGGCCAUCCUGUCCUACCUCGCUCUGCCUAGUAUGGAGUUUUUCCAGUACUACCUGGAAAGUAAUGGAUCCAAGCCAGCCGGCGGAGAUGAGGAGAACAAGAUGAACCUAUUGAAAAAAGACAGCCCAGCAGAGAAGAGUCCAGUGGUCAGUCUGACAGAGGAGGAAGCCAAGCCCACGAUAUCUGUGUUUGCCAUCUUUAAACAGAUCUGGGUAAUGGCCCUCUCUGUGUGCUUCGUGUUCACCAUCACCAUCGGAACUUUUCCUGCAGUCACAGUUGAUGUCAGAUCCACCAUGGUCGAUGGAGGUGCCUGGGAUACAUACUUCAUCCCUGUGUCGUGUUUCCUGAUCUUCAACGUGAUGGACUGGGCAGGAAGGAGUCUGACGGCCGUGUGUAUGUGGCCCGGCAAGGACAGCGUCAUCCUGCCCGUCAUGGUGGGUCUCCGUGUGGUCUUUGUGCCUCUCUUUAUGCUGUGUAACGUCCAGCCCAGGAACAACCUGCCCGUGCUGUUCGCCCAUGACGCCUGGUACAUCGUCUUCAUUAUCCUCUUCUCCUUCAGCAAUGGAUACCUGGCCAGCCUCUGCAUGUGCUUUGGACCAAAGAAAGUGGCACAACGCGAAGCGGAGACGGCCGGGACCAUCAUGGCGUUCUUCCUGUCUCUGGGUUUGGCUCUUGGAGCUGCCCUGUCCUUUGUUUUCAGAAUCAUUAUCUAGACCUGGAGUCCCCACAACACCACCCCACAGAACACUGUCUUCUCCUCUACCCGCCGUGCAGGACGAGGGGUGGAGGAGGAGGUGAACUUUGCUGUGUUGACUGUCACACGGCAGCAACACUACAACACUCGGAUGCAGCCAGCCUCAGAGCUUGAGUGUUUGUGCUUCCACUCUUCCCACUGAAUUAUAAUACUCUCCAUUUUGAAAGAAUGCAAAAUUAAUCUAGUUCAGCUGGCUAUGUAACUGCUCUCAUCUCGUGCUCUAGUUGCCAACAUGUCUCUCAUCCUGCAGGGAACAUGGUGGAAGACCGGAGAAGCGCUCUCAGCUCAAGGGAGUAUUUCAGCUCUUAGGCCAAAAUGCCGCUAUGAGGCGUAAAUGGUGCAGGACAUGUAUUUAUAUGGAUUGCGAAAUGAUUGUGAAACUGCAGCUUCUAAUAUCUUAGUAUGUGUUAUCAUUGAGUUGUAUUGGCCCUCUAGUUUAGAAUAGGUUUUAAAUUUCAAUUAAGUUGUUUUACCAGCCUAUGUCCGUGUGUAAAUGCUCAUUAUGGUAGCGCUUUGCCCUGACAUGUAUUUUAAGCACAGCUACAACAAAUAUGCAGCUACUAAUUACAUGCGUUGUGCUAGUGAACGUGAGGGGAGGAGAGUUUUUGUAAACUCACCCGUUCAUUUGCGGUGUCAGAUUGUGCCAUUUUUCGGGUUCAUCAAAACAUUUUGUAUCAGAACUACAAUGAACAAAAAUAUCAACGAAGAUUUUACUGAGUCAGGUCAUAUAAGGAAAUCAGUCAAUUUAAAAAACGAUUCAUUAGGCCCUAAUCUAUGGAUUUCACGACUGGGAAUACAGAUAUGCAGAUAGCGCCAUCGUAUAGAGUUGAUCAGUGGUAAAAUGUUGGGUUUUAUUUGUCUUAUUUACAGUGAGUGUCUAAGGCCUACUUUUUAUUAUUAUUUGCAUAAAAUACUUCAACUAAUUUCUCGUGGCCUGUGAAAUGUUGUCCCACUCUUCAAUGGCUGUGUGAAGUUGCUGGAUAUUGGCGGGAAGUGGAACAUGCUGGCAAUGGAAGAACUGGGACAUUUUCAGGGUCCAGGAAUUGUGUACAGAUCCUUGCAACACGGGGCCGUGCAUUAUCAUGCUGAAACAUGAGGUGAUGGUGGCGGAUGAAUGUCACGACAAUGGGCCUCAGGAUCUCGUUGCGGUAUCUCUGCAUUUAAAUUGCCAUCGAUAAAAUGCAAUUGUUUUCAUUGUCCAUAGCUUAUGCCUGCCCAUACCAUAACCCCACCGCCACCAUGGGGCACUCUGUUCACAACAUUGACAUCAGCAAACCGCUUGCCUACACGACGCCAUACUGCCAGUUGCCCUGUACAGUUAACUGGGAUUCAUCUGUGAAAAGCACACUUCUCCAGUGUGCCAGUGGCCAUCCAAGGAGAGCAUUUACCCACUGAAGUCAGUUAUGACGCCAAACUGCAGUCAAGACAAGACCCUAGUGAGGACAACGAGCAUGCAGAUGCGCUUCCCUGAGAUGGUUUCUACAGUUUGUGCAGAAAUUCUUCAGUUGUGCAAACCCACAGUUUGAUCAGCUGUCCGGGUAGCUGGUCAGACACUGCCAAAUUCUCUAAGCCGCCUCUGUCGAGAAAUUAACAUUCAACUUUCAGGCCACAGCUCUGGUGGACAUUCCUGCAGUCAGCAUGCCAAUUACAUUCUCCCUCAACUUGAGCCAUCUGUGGCAUGGUGUUGUGUGACAUCUGCACACUUUAGUGGCCUUUUGUCCCCAACACAAUGUGCACCUGUGUAAUGAUUAUUCUGUAUAGUCAGCUUCUUGAUAUGCCACACCUGUCAGCUGAAUGAUUUAUCUUGGCAAAGGAGAAAUGGUCACUAACGGAUGUAAACCAAAGUGUGCUGGAAAUUGGAGAGAAAUAAGCUUUUUGUGCGUAUGGAACAUUUCUUGCAUCUUUUUUAUUUCAGCUCAAGACCAACACACUUUUUACAUGUUGCGUUUUAUUUUUUUCUUCAGUGGUGGAAAAAGUACACAAUUUUCCAUACUUGAGUAAUUUUCUAUUAAAGGCUCUUUACUUUAACUAUUAUUUUAACACUAUUGUAGUUACUAUUUUAGUAAAAUUAAGUAUUUGGUGUUUAAAUAUAUUCACAUAUUAAAAGUAAAUAUUUUAGAAUUCUUUAUAUUACGGAAACCAGAUGGUACCAUUUUUUUGUAUGUAUUUGCAGAUAGCCAGGGGCACACUCAAACAAUUCACAAACGAAGCAUCUGUGUUUAGUGAGUCCGCCAAAUUAGUCGCAUGACUAGGGAUGCUCUCUUAGUAAAUGCGUGAAUUGGGCCAUUUCUGUCCUGCUAUGCAUUAGAAAUGUAACGAGUACUUUUUGGAUGUCAGGGAAAAUGUAUGGAGCAAAAGGACAUUUUUCUUUAGAAAGGUAGUAAAGUACAGAUAGCCCAAAAAAUACUUUAGUACUUUAAAGUAUUUUUACUGUAUUACUAUACACCACUGUUUUUUCUAUCAUUUAAGCAACUUUUAUCAUGUGUAAUGCCAAUUUAUCUUACCAUUUCUACCGAUCUGCGUGCCAGUUAUGGUUUUCAAAUGCAUAUUUUCUUGAAUAAUUUAAUUUAUAGUAACGUAUUCAUAUUUCAAAAUCAUGAAACGUAUCAACUAUUAAUUUGGGUCAGGCCCGAAGCUUGCGCUAGCGAGCUUGCAACAUUGUAUAAAAUAUUUUGGGCUCUCAGUUUCCGGUGCCAGUGAGAUUGGGACAUAGCUGGCUAUUUGCGCAAGGGAUAAGAAGCAGUGCUUGAUUUUGGCGAGCGCCCACCGGAGCUGAAUACAGGCGCCUCAAAUGUUUUACUGCUUGAGCUCCUUUUCCAAUUAUAGAAUAUAAACAGUACCAGCACACAAAAUGAUUACCGGAACCUAAAUCAGUCAAGCACUGAUAAAAUGGGCCUACCUGAUUACUUGUUUCCACUGGAUCGGAAAAUGGCAUUUUAACCUUUCAUGCUGAGUGGUUAACGAGAGGGCAGGAAAAACAUUUAAAAUACAUUCAGGAACUAUUGUAGUUCUUAAUGCGGUCUGUUUUAACAGCCAUUAACGUGCUGUUUUGAGGUGAAGAAAACAUUACUUUGAGAAGCUCCACAUGUCAGUAGUGGUGGUGUGUUAACCCAAUCAAAAAUACUAUCAAAUCCCAAAAUGGGCACAUUUGCACGCAGGCCAGUUAGCCUAUAGGCCUACUAUGCUUGCACGUCCUUAACACUGGCAGGAGCGCCCCAAACAAAAGACAUGGCUAAAUUGACGAAACUCGUAAAUGAAAUAAAAUAAACCGGUUUCUCACAAGUGUAGCAUAGGUUGUGCACUCUGCAAACAAUUUGUCCACAGACAAUAACGGAAAGACUGAAAUAUUAACAUUGAACGCAUUAACAGAAAUGACAAUAACCAAAAUAACAAACAUUGUAGAUUAGGAAUUAAUGGUAAAUGUACUACUAGUAAUAUGUAAUGGGGAAUUGAUAUACUCUUAACAAUCAAAUGCAAACAAUUCACACAAUGAAGGUGUGAAACAAUGAAUGUGCAAAUAUUGGCGGGAGAGGGCGCAUUCAGUAGAAAAGUGCAUCUGGGCACAUGGUCAAUGCAAUGUCUGCAUUGGCCAUUGAAAAUGUAAGUUGUUGCCGCCUGAGAAGAAGUCCGGGCAUUCAUACUUUGCGGAGCAGUAGAGCUGUUAAGGGACUGAGUUUGUGGGGGCGGUACAUCCUGUAGAAAACAUACGGUCAACCAAUCAUGUCAAUGCGGACCUAUACAGAGCCCUCCGCUUUGCACAUUUGGGAGGAACAUGGCGGUGUGGUACGGAGCUUGACUUGGCUUCUGCAUGCCUCCUGGAGGCUUCGCAAUUGCGUCAAACCCUCUGACCACAUUACAGAUCAAGCAUCAAUUGUCUUUUGUGUAGGCCUCCGCAAUGGAUUAGUUCACAGAGAUGGGCGCAAAUAUACACUGCUCAAAAAAAUAAAGGGAACACUUAAACAACACAAUGUAACUCCAAGUCAAUCACACUUCUGGGAAAUCAAACUGUCCACUUAGGAAGCAACACUGAUUGACAUUAAAUUUCACAUGCUGUUGUGCAAAUGGAAUAGACAAAAGGUGGAAAUUAUAGGCAAUUAGCAAGACACCCCCAAAAAAGGAGUGAUUCUGCAGGUGGUAACCACAGACCACUUCUUGCUUCCUGGCUGAUGUUUUGGUCACUUUUGAAUGCUGGCGGUGCUCUCACUCUAGUGGUAGCAUGAGACGGAGUCUACAACCCACACAAGUGGCUCAGGUAGUGCAGCUCAUCCAGGAUGGCACAUCAAUGCGUGCUGUGGCAAGAAGGUUUGCUGUGUCUGUCAGCGUAGUGUCCAGAGCAUGGAGGCGCUACCAGGAGACAGGCCAGUACAUCAGGAGACGUGGAGGAGGCCGUAGGAGGGCAACAACCCAGCAGCAGGACCGCUACCUCUGCCUUUGAGCAGAAGGAGCACUGCCAGAGCCCUGCAAAAUGAUCUCCAGCAGGCCACAAAUGUGCAGUGUUCCCUUUAUUUUUUUGAGCAGUGUAUUUGUUUUAGUUGAGCAGUAACAAUCUCGGUCGACCAAACAGUUGACCAGUCGACUAAUUGGGGUAAGCCCUAGUUUGUUGUGUAGUUCUAUUCAAACCGUUUUGGUACAAGUUGAAUUUGCCUGGAUCGUAUGUCAGGUUGUUUUUAUGAAUAAAAAAAUGUAAUGUG